CGGAGGGGCGUAGGGUGUAAACAGGCGACGCGCUGGGGGAGGUGCGGCCCUGCUGCGUCCGCGUCUCGGGCAUGCUCGAGGCGGGCCAGGGCGGUAGCGCCGCCAGCUCAGAGCCCACCUGAGGUAACUCCUGCGGCCUCUAGGAUCGGAGUCCCCCACGCCGCGCGCAGCCGCCACCGCUGGCCGCCAAUAAGGGCGGCCGAGCCCCCGGCCCGGACAGGGGGUGUGGCUGCCGGCAGCGCGUCGGCUACAGGUGGGCUGAGCUGGGCUGGGCUGGGCUGGGCUGGGCUGGGUGGGGGCGGCCGCCAAGGACCCAUCCCUGCGCUGCGGGCCCGGCGUGGAGCCCGCGGAGAGGCAGCGCGACUCCGGGCAGUGGGUCUCUCUGCCCCGGUGCUCGCGUCUGCCCCUGGGGCCGGGCCGAGCGGAACCAGGAAUCGCAGAAACAGUCAGCGCCCAGGGCUCUAGGCCGGCCGCCCCGGGUGCCAGGUGGAUUCCUUUCCCUGACCGGCUGUGAGACUUUGGCCCGUCAGCCGUCGUCUUUGGCCUGAGUGUGCACAUCUGUAAAAUGGAAGCUCGGACUAGUGAUCCGUGAGGACCUUCCACGUCUGACGUGUGAUCUCGAGAGACCUGCGUACAUUCGGGGUGCCAGAAGGAAAGCAUAGAGAUGGGGUCUUGCUGUGUUGCCCAGACUGGUCUCAAACUCCUGGCCUCAAGUGAUCCUUCUGCCUCAGCUUCCCAAAGUACUGGGAUUACAGCUUGAAAUCCAUGGCCCAAAAUGACUCUACCAGUGGAGACUCUCUUCUGUGAAGAAGACGACCAGAUAAGAGGUUGGGAUGAGCAUGCCACUGCAUCAGAUCUCUGCCAUUCCAUCCCAGGAUGCCAUCUCUGCUAGAGUCUACAGAAGUAAGACCAAAGAAAAGGAGAGGGAAGAACAGCAUGAGAAGACUUUGGGACAUUCCAUGAGUCAUUCAAGCAACAUUUCUAAGGCUGGGAGUCCUCCGUCAGCAUCAGCUCCGGCUCCGGUGUCCUCCUUCUCUCGCACUUCUAUCACGCCAUCCAGCCAGGACAUCUGCAGUUCCAGUGCAGUGUUUUCUGAGUGUUGUCACCACAGUUCCGUGCAGUCUGCUGUUGUCUUGAAAGCUCCUCACUGCCAGAGUUCUCUGACACAAGGGCUCACUGUGACAGUUAUCUGUAAGGACACAUUACAGGCGUCAAAGAGAAAUUCCUUUGGUUCAGAAUGGGCCCAGGCCUUGAAGCCUGCUAAGAAUACCAAAGCCAGAAGAACACUAAAGUUCUCAAGGUCCCUCAAUGAUGUGGGUGAGAAGGCGCAGGAUACUUCAGAAAGUUUUGCCUAUGUGGAAAGAACUUGUUCUGAAGGGAAAUUAAUACUCCCUCAAGAUACAUGUCUCAGAACUAACAGGUUUCAUCAUAAAGAAAAAAGAACCCUGAACCACAAACCUCUUGGCAAUUCCAAACAUUCUUGUGUUUCAUGCCUUUCUGCCAGUCGCUCAACUGCCUCAGAGGUGGAAGCUGGCAAGGGGGGCAGGCCCGUCCUGCUGCUGGAAGAGAAGGCAGAUGGUGAGGCCACAUCCCGAAGCCGGCGACUGCUCCAGUACCUGUUCUCACUCUCGCAUGGCUCGAGCGCCAGCAGCCUGCACAGGUUCCAUGAGCUGGAGAGCUGCGCUGCUCGCCUGCACACUGCCAAGCCCUCCAGCGGGCUGGCAGGGAGUAUGGGCUUCUGCUCUGACGAGAUGGGAGACGACGACGUCUUUGAGGACAGCACAUCUGCAAAACUGAAGAGUAGGGUUCUGCGGGCGCCCCUCUGCUCCACGGAAAAGGACAGCGACCUGGAUUGUCCUUCUCCCUUCUCUGAAAAAUUACCCCCCAUAUCUCCCGUGUCCACGUCAGGGGAUGUCUGCAGGAUCUGCCACUGUGAAGGAGAUGAUGAGAGCCCCCUGAUCACCCCCUGCCACUGCACAGGAAGCCUCCACUUCGUGCACCAGGCCUGCCUGCAGCAGUGGAUCAAGAGCUCCGACACGCGCUGCUGCGAGCUCUGCAAGUAUGAGUUCAUCAUGGAGACCAAGCUGAAGCCGCUGAGGAAAUGGGAGAAGUUGCAGAUGACGUCCAGCGAGCGCAGGAAGAUCAUGUGCUCAGUGACAUUCCACGUCAUUGCCAUCACAUGUGUAGUCUGGUCCUUGUAUGUGCUCAUUGACCGUACUGCUGAGGAGAUCAAGCAGGGGCAGGCAACAGGAAUCCUAGAAUGGCCCUUUUGGACUAAAUUGGUGGUUGUGGCCAUCGGCUUCACCGGAGGACUUCUUUUUAUGUAUGUUCAGUGUAAAGUGUAUGUGCAAUUGUGGAAGAGACUCAAGGCCUAUAAUAGAGUGAUCUAUGUUCAAAACUGUCCAGAAACAAGCAAAAAGAAUAUUUUUGAAAAAUCUCCACUAACAGAGCCCAACUUUGAAAAUAAACAUGGACAUGGAAUCUGUCAUUCCGACACAAACUCUUCUUGUUGCACAGAGCCUGAAGACACUGGAGCAGAAAUCAUUCACGUCUGAUUGUGUGCAGGUUGUCAUUUUCCUGGACAUCCAUGAAGAGCUGAAGGACAUUGUUUACUGCCAAUUGUAUACCUUUCUUAUGUCCUUUAAUAGCAUAGACUGGACAGGUGACUAUUUAUAGUGGCUUCUCUUUUUCUAAACCCUCCUUAGUCUCCUAGAAAACCUUCCUGUGGGCCAGGCAUGCCUGGGUCCUGCCUCUGCCUGGCAGCUCUGUGGGAAAGUGGAAGACCCCAUGAUGACAUCAUGGGGAGCCAGCAGAGUUCCUGCCCAUGGUCUUGAGCUGAAUGAGAGAAUAAAAUGCCAAUCCCAAGGGAAGAGGAGGAGCAGGGGUGCCCAGGCCCUGAUACCCAGCCGCCUCCAGCUUGCAGUGGUCCCCAGCCUGGAGCAGAGCAUUGGGGAAUGUCUAGCCAUGACGAGAGGAUUCCCUCUGCACCACGGCGAACCCCAGGAGAUGGUAUUGAAACAGACCCCCAAACACAGACUCCUGCCUGCCCUCUGCCGAUGCUGCCUCCUCCAUGCUCUUGAGCAGGUGGGGCCAUGGUGCUCUGUGGUGGCGCAUGAUUCACUGAGCAAACAGCACUUUACAGAAGAAAAUCUUUAUUUUGUAAUAUGUGUGUCCAGUGGGAUUGACACUCAAAAAAAGUCUCACUUAGAAAUCUUCCCUUCCUUACAUUUGUAUCUCCUUUACAUCAUGAGAGAUCAAAAACCCAUUUUGCCUUACAUAUGCUAAGAAGCGUGGCAUUCGUUCUGUUCAUAAAACAGACUCGUGACUUUAAGACAGGACAAGCAGGCCAGAGGCUUUUUUUUUUUUUAUCACAGAUCUCAUGGGAAUUAAUGGAUGCUAAAUGGCAAUUAAAGCAUGAUUCCUAUGCUUUUGAGCCUGUUUUAUGACAAGGUGUUAUUUUGUAGACCUGGCCCAUACAUUUCUUUUUUGUCAACACUGAAAAAGAACAGUUUCUGAGAUCGAAAUGGAAGGAAAGGAAGUGAGUAAUGACAACAAAACUGAAUAUUUAAAAAAUAUUCCUUUAUAGUUAAAUCUCUCCAGUUGGUGCUGGCUUCACAUUGAAAGAGCAGCCAUGUGCCACCCUGGCCAGGGUGUGUGCACUGCAUGCAGGUUCUCCCUUGCAUGCAAGAUGGGUGCUGGCCCACUGUGAGGCUUCUGCUCGGGGAAGUUCUGUGGAGUCACUACCAGGGCCAAGAGGCAGGUGGGCUGGCUCUGGGACGAGGGCCAGGUGUGAGCAAACUGCCAGGGUCCACUGUGCCACUGCUCCCCGGCCACAUGCCCGCCCAGCUGUCGCCUUAACCGGACUGAACAGACAGGAUCCUUCAGGGCCCUUGGCCCCACUCUCAGUGCAUUCUGUCAUCAGGGAUUACCACCUGUACCAUUUUCAUAAAACAAAACGAAAAUCACUACCAUCAAAUGGCCUUGUCCCUCUAAAAAGUCUGCUUAAAAUUCUGUUUUUAAAACCCAGUUUCCUAGUUUUCCAGGCAAAUAGUUACCUCCGGGAAAGUUGCCGGGGGGGCCUGAAGCACAAUGUAGCGCAGAUGCUUCCUUUCCAGGCCAUUCUCUCACCCAGCCUGCAGGGAGGAGAUGGGAGAUGCUGGGGGUCCUGCCCUCAGUCUUUCUGGGCCUUAGGCAUUUCGUUCGUCCUGCUAAGGGGAUGAAGCAAACACAAGGUGAUUCCUUUGCCUUUCAGAGUGGAAGCCCUGGAGUUUGUUUUGAAGGCCAGGAGGCUGAAGGAUCUCUAAGCUACGGUGUGGGCUUAAUAGCAGCAGGCUUUGUCCUCCUGUCUCCUCCAAGCCAGUGUCUGAUUCCUUGGCAACACAGGUCUUAGUCUGUGGAGUGGCUCUGCUGUGGCCUUCCUCUGGCCGGGCAGGCACUGUCCAGCCAUAGCCAGCUCCUGAGAAUAGGUCAGCCUCUCCUUUCUGUCUCCCAGGGCACAUCCAGCCCGUGCCUGUGUUCACUGUGCCCCGAAGUGCAAUUACCCAUACCCCUUCUCAGCCUGGGGACCCCAGGCAACCACAGACUGUCCACUCAGGGGAGCUGAAUCCCAGGUCAGCCCUGCCAAUGUCCCUUAGGAACUGCCCAGGCAAGGCCCCUGGUUUUGUAUACUUGUUCCUGCCACCCAGCAGUAGAUGAGUGUUUCAGGUGAAGACCAGGAUAGAUUUUCUAAGUGUGAAUCCCCACUUCACAUAUGGAACCCCUUAUGCCGAACUUGAAAAGCACCAAGACUUCCUGUAGACAAGAAAUUGCGUAGGUAGGGACAGCCCCUGGGCAGCCCACCCAAUGUAGCUGGCACCCCACUAUGGCAAAGGUGCCUUGAUAACUGAGCCCUGUAUCCCUCCCAUGCCCAACCAGAUUCUCAUGGGAAGCCCUCUCCCUUCUUUUCUGCCUAACACCAUCUCAUCGUUUCUGGCCUCACUGUGGACAGUCCACACACAUUCUUCUUUCCUCUCCUGGCGGGGCACAGAGCCACCCCCUUGCCUUUUCUUUUCUUGAAGGUUCUAGUUCAGCUCCUGAUUCAUCAGACCCUUCUAGCCCCCUGCAUCUAGCAGUGAAGCAUGAAGCCUGGUGGGGAUGUGCUACUCCCAUCUGGUGUGGCCACCGGCUCUGCCAGUGUUCCUGUAGCCUUGGAAAACUUGCUCUCUCGGUUCUUUUGGGUGCUGUGUACUCCCCAGCUUCCCCCCUUCCCCCCCAUUUUGCACCUGGGUUUAGUGAAAGGAUGGCAUUUGGUUGACCCAUAUAGAAACCCAGAAUGAGGUCUCAGGGCCAGGAGGCCUGGUAUUUGUAGGCCAGGGAAGGGGAAGAGGCAAGUGGUCUGGGGUAUCGCCAGCCAGCCCUCUCUGAUUUGGCCUCUACUCCCCAUAAGUCACAGUACCAUAAGCAGGCUUCUGGCCUCAGCAAUUUGGUCUUUGUGCCCAAGUUUAUUGUGAGAAUUUCCUGAAAACUCUAUAAAAGGUCUCUUCCUACUGUAGGCCUCUAAUGUUUCUCUCCUUUUUGCUUCAGUCCACUCUUCAGUCUUGUAGGCCUAGUUUUCAAACCUGCACAUGUGUCCUACCUGGCCACAGGCAUGCAGGCCUCAGGCAGCUGGGCCAGUUUGGGAGCCUCGGGUGAUGUCUGCACGAUCUGGGGCUGCCUCUGCACCCCUGCUGUGGGCUUCAGGGUUGGAGAAGGGCUGGGACCAAUCGGGUGAGAUCCACAAGUCUCUGGAUGUGGCUGAAGGCAAAUACACAAUUGAAGUACUUUCCCUUUUGAAGUGCUUUCCCUUUUGAAUCUGGUUUGAAACAUGCAGCUUCCGUCUCUAGCCCAAGGAAAGACCAAAACAUAGGGAAAUAAAAGCAUUUAUCUUUGUCUUGGAAGUAAUUGUUGAAGUUGUGCAGUUGAUCAGUGCACAGUUAGAUGCAAUGUUUAUAGAAAUUGAUUGUUAAACCAAAUUUACACUGGCAUGUGUGGUGUAGUUUCUAAAAGGCACUUCACAUUUGAAAUUUUUCUUACUUUAGAAAGUUUCUAGUGAUCUAAAUGUCUAGUUUUGUAUUCUUUUGUGUAUGUUCACUGUUUCUCAGUAUUACCACUUGAAUAAUUCUCUGUACAGGGGGGUUUGUGCUAUACACUGGGAUGUCUAAUUGCAGCAAUAAAGCCUUUCUUUAAAAAGGA